GCGGGACCAGGAAGUGUGAUUGACACUUGGGCUCCUUUGGGAAAGAAGGAAGCAAGCUGGAGCGAUGGCGCUGCUGCUGGAACACGAGUUCAAGGCUUUGCCUGCAGACAAGCAAAUCGACACGCUGCCUUUCCUUGAAGCCGUGGCCCACUUGCCCCCCUUCUUCGAUUGCUUGGGAACACCAAUUGUCUAUGCGCCAGUCAAAGCAGAUUUAUCUGGAAAUAUUAAGAAAAUCCGUGCUGUGUACGAAUCCAACCCGGCCAAGUUCAAGACGCUGCAGAACAUUCUAGAAGUCGAGAAGGAGAUGUACGGCUCCGCCUGGCCCAAAGUGGGCGGGACCUUGGCCCUCAUGUGGCUAAAAAGGGGCUUGAAGUUCAUCCAGGUUUUGCUGCAAAGCCUUUGUGAUGGCGAACGAGAUGAAGAGCAUCCCAACCAUAUCCGGGUCAACGCCACCAAAGCCUAUGAGAUCGCUUUGAGGAAAUACCACGGCUGGGUCCUGCAGAAGCUAUUCCUGGGCUCGGUCUAUGCACUUCCUUACAAGUCGGACUUAUUGAAAGCCUUGGAAAAAGGCAAGGAAGUGAAAGAAGAGGAAACGCUAGAGAAGAUUCACCAGUUCCUCUCGAAAGCAACUCCCAUCCUGGAUGCCAUUUACGACAUGUACACCAAGAUGAACGCUGAGCUCAACUAUAAAGCUUGAAAAACAAAUAUUAUAAUAUUAUAUAAUGACAUAAUAUAUUUUAGAUAAUAUAUUAUAUAUUAUAUAAUGUUAUAUUAUAUAUUUCAGAUAAUAUAUUCUUUUUCUACCUCUGAUCUUCUAGGAAUUUAU